GCAGUUUGUUAUCGUUACAGCGCAAUAUACAGAAUGAGUAGAUCAGACAAGUAUGAAAACGUGCGACAUGUGUACAGAUUACUGAAAGAAAAAGGAGAUAUAGACAAUAUAAAAUCUCAGAUCAGGUCAAAAUUGAUACUGGGGUUUGGAUCUUUGGAUAAUUCAAUAACAAAGUUUGACACUAAAACCACUGAUCAAAAUAUAAAGAUGGCAAAUUACCUAGUUGCAAAUCAUCUGAAGAUUCACGGGUAUGAGUACUCUUUGAGUGUUUUUCUGCCAGAAAUUGGGAUAACUAAUUUCGAAUUAGAAGAAUUCAUAAAAGACAUUUCGCAUCUCAGGCCAUAUAAUUGUUUUGAAGUUCGUGAAAGAUUGACGAGUUUUUAUAAAGAGUCCUAUUCAUUAUUAGUCUCGAUCCUGAAAGCCUACGAAGACAUAUCUUGCCAUUCAAAAGAACAUAAAGCUAUUCAGACGCUUGAAGCAGAUGGUUCUGACCUAGAUCACAGGUUAAACAGUAUUAAUAAACAAUAUGAAGCAAUGAAGUCAUUAGAGAUUUUGCAUGCAAAACAGUCAUUUGAUGAUCGUUUGGAACAAUAUAAGAGUGAAAUAAAUCAGCGAAGUCAAAUAGAAAUAGAGAAACAGAUAUCAGAGUUUCGUCAAAAUGAAUUAGACUCGUUCAAAUCGGAAUUGGAAGAAGAAUUUCAAAAACGUCUACUCCAAAAUACACAGCGAUUGCAAGAAGAAUUUGAACUUCGCUGUCAGUCCCUCAAUGAACAAGAGGUGCUGCUUAGAGAAAAGUACAGUCUAUUUCAACAAAAAGAGGAGCGUGAAGCAUUUGUUAGACGUCAAGCUUUGCAAGCUGAAUUAGACGCUAUUCAGUUGGUGAAGACACAAUUAGAUCAAGAGAAACUCCAAAUAGAUAAUGAUAAAUUACAGUUACAUAAAGAUUAUGAGAAAAAUGAAUUAGAAUUUAAAAAGCGUGAAAAUCUUUUGGAAAUAAGAGAAAAAACAUUAGAAAGUGAAAUUCAUGAACAUAUAAACCAAAUUCGUAUGGAAGAUGAAAUUAAACUAAUGAAACAACGUAAAGAAUUAGAAUUACAGUCUAUUCAACUCUCAGAAAAUCAGAAAAUGCUUGAAGAGAAAUUGAAAACAAUUGAACAACUUAAACAAGAAUUGUUAAAACAACAAAACAAAUUCACAGAAAUAGAGAUUGUCGGUUAUGAUACUAUUAAAACACAGAAUGAAGUGUUCAAAGCUGAAAUCUCUAAUUUACAAAAACAAUUGAAAAACUCUUUGAUUGAACUAGAAGAACAAAAACAAAUUGCUGCGUCGGCAACCGCAGAAUUAAGGGUACUCAAAGUUGUUAAACAAGAGACUGGAAAACUAUUGAACAAGUUGAAUGAUGAUCAUGCAGUAAUCAUUCAAGAAAAAUUUACAUUACAAAAGAAAUUAAAUGAACAAAAAAAUGAAAUAUACGAAUUAAUGGAACGCCUUAGCUCAUAUGAAGGUGGAAAUAAACAGAAUCAUGCACAAACUACUGAAGUUUCCUCUGUGGGUCAUUGGUCUACAGUAAAUCAGAAUCUAAACAUUCCGCAAAUACUAACUGAAGCUGAACGUCGUUCAAUUUAUGAAGAAUGUAAUCUGUCUAUUUCGAGCGACCUAAGUCAUGAAAGUAUGAUUGAUACUAAGAAGUCUGGAAAGUCAUUCAAUUUACCUAUUCAGUUGUCAACCGAUCCCAAAUUUGAUCAAUGGUCAAAGCGUUUAGAAUUAUCACGUCGGCGUAUGACACAAUUACAAUUAGUUAAUGAAGAGUUUGAUUCAAUUUAUGAAGAAUGGAAGUCAGUUGAUUUAAAAGAAUUUUUAUCAAAAAUUCAUGGUGGUUUACGGAGUUUCCUGAAUGCUCAUGAAUUGAGUCAACCAAUUAACUUGAAAGAAAACAACUUAUCUGACCAAAUAGUCAUGAUAAAUAAAGAUACUAAAUCCGAUCCUGUGAGGGAACAACCUGUUAAUUGUAACACAUCUUUCUCCCUGAAACUUGAAAAUAGCCAUAUUUAUAAUCCAGUUUCUACAUCCCCAAUCCAUCGUCAUGCUCUUGAUCAACAAGUUGAAAUGAAUCCCUGCCAAGAGAAUGAAUAUCUUACCUUAUUUACUAAAGCUAAUCCAGAAUCAAAGAAUGUAAAGAUAGGAUUCGAACAGAAUAAUCAAAAUGCACACGUUCACUCCAAUGCAAGAAUUAUACCUGAUUUUUCAUCCAGUUCAUCCAGCAUAGACACACCGAAGUCAAAUAAAUUAGAGUUAAAGAAGUCAUCCAAUGAAACAUUGAGUAUAAGUUCUCAUAAACCUAUAAAAUCAUCUUCAACUGUUACUCAUCAUAGUCUUAAGAAGACAUCAAGUGAUCACCUUUCAAGUUAUAGGUCAAAAAGUGUAAUCUCUACAGAAUCAAUAUCUCAAGCAGAAUCCGCCAAGUCCAAAACUUCAAGAAAUUCUCAAACUAAUUCAUUAGCCAACGAAAUGUUGAACCAUACUAUUUCAUGUCAAUUUAACAAGAAUGAUAAUGAAAAUAAAUCUGUGUGUAGUGAACAAGAUAAUAAUGAAAAUCAAGAACAAAAAGAAUUCCUUAAUUCAAAUCAGACUAAUCCCAAUGAUGAAAGUGUAAAUAAUAAUCAUAAUAAUGAUACUAUUGAAAAUGGGUUUCCUUUACUUCUGGAAACCUCACGUUAUGAAGUAGGUUUACUGAAACAGUGUUCGCUGGGUAAUGAUGAUCAGAACAAACCUAUAUCCAAUGAGAAUAUCUCACCAACAUCACGCUAUACAACAACAAAACAAACUGAUUGUAAUGGUUUAAUGGAAAAAUAUUUAAAGCUUAGUUUAAAUACUAGUUCUAAAUCACCGGUGUCUACUACAUGUAAUCAAGCAGUGAACGGAACUAAGAUAACAAAUGGAUAUCAUUCACCUGGUUUAAAAGAAAAACCCUUAUGGUUCGAGAAUGGCCAUCAUUUUAGUUCUAGUGAAUCAGAUAUUAUCAGUUUGAAUAAUGGUAAAAUCAAGUGUCAUUUUACACCAGGAAAUUCCAACAAAGAUGAAUUAAUUCCAAAUGACAUUGAUAUCGACAGUGGUUCAGAUUACAUUUGGUAGAAACACCUUUGAUUUUGUUUUCCAUUCUAUAAAUAAUUAUGAUUGAAUUUUACUUUGUCUAUGUGUAUGCAUCAUUCUCUUAAAAGACUAAAUCCUUGUUAUUAUUUUAUCUUAUAAAAUGUGCCGGUUAUUUUAGUUUAUUGAGAUUUUUUAUUUUCAAGAAAUAAAUUCAAACAAAAAUCUUUUGUAAAUUAUCAUUUUAUAAUGAAGCCAAAUUAUAAAGUGAUACAAUAACAGAAUGGAAUUUUAAAGUUAGAUACUUAGUUCUUAUCAGUUUGUUAUUUUAUGUAGUAAAUAAUAAUCAUUUUGAAAAUAAAAAAUUUCAGAUGAAAAAUGAUUGCUAUAUUGUAAUUCAUUUUUAUUUAAAUGAAUCUUACCACAUAUUUUGUUUAAACUAAAAGUACGGAAAAAGAAAAAAAAACAGGUAGUUACUAAUAUAAUUGACAGAACUAUGUUGCUAAAAACGUUCGAUGCAUUUGAUAAAGCGAAUCAACUGAUGUUCUACUUUUUAAAAUGAACAUAUUAUUUAUGGUUUGAAUAAAAUAGCAGAAACAUUGAAAAUAAAUCACAAGUGAUAGAAAAUAUUAUAAAAAUGUAGAUAGGUAUAAAAAAGAAGAUAGACUUUAAUAGAUCCAAGAAGUAGAUUGGAAUGAUAUAAAUGGACAGAAAAAAUGUUAGAGUAGAAUAAUACCACAUGUAAAAUGGGUUCUUGUUAUAAGUAACAGGUAGAAAUGCCGUUGUCCCUCUUCAUAACAAAUAACUUUUUUCUUCAGUUAAAAAAUUAUAUUCAUAUGGGUAUAACCAAAUGCAAAUCUGUAUUGAAUAAUAAAAGACCAACAAAUAUUAUUUUGUGAACAUUAGAAUGGGUACAUAGAUGUUAAGCAGUAUUUUAAUGGUUGAAGGUCUUUGUACCUUUUUCGAUCAAGAAGCCAGGGCAUUAUUACUAACCUUCAAACAAUGCGGUUCAUUGCUGAUUACAUGAACCUUUGUAUGGUAAGUGGGAUUAUCAACAUAAAAUUAAGUUACAAUGUGAACCAGUUUGAUAGUAUUACUGUUAUGCUUACUUGGAAAGCAUAAAUUGUAAGAUGAAAAUACCGAUUGUAAUGCUAAAGACUGACAAUCAAACUUUGAAAAGGACUAGACCAUCAUCACUGUACCUACUAUCUCUACUCUUUGAGUUGGAUUUAUAUCUUAUGUUUGCUUCCAUAAUGUUCGGUAGUAAGUUGGUAAAUUCGUUUUACAUAACUGAUGAACACCUUUAGUAAAAUAUUGACUGUAUGUUCCAGUUAUAGAAAUAUCAAUAGUUUGUUGGUUAGAGCAUUUGAUAUUUAGUAUGAUUGGGUCGCAAAUAUGAAUCUAGCUCUGAAAAUUUUAGUUUGGAUACGUAGCAAGAUAGUCACUGAUGGCCAGAAAAGCUAAAUAUACACAAGCUUAUACUAUGUUAUCGACACGCAUACAGUAAGUAAUUAUUAUUUGCAGUAAUAAAGACAUAACAUUACAGUCUACUCAUCAAUUAACAAUUUAUUAAUUUGAUUAUAGUGAUAGUUAUCAUCAUUAAAAUCUGACUACCAGAAUUGACAACACAACUAAGAAUCAAUAAUAUACAUUAUUCGAAGUUAAAUACUUAAAGACAGAGAGAGAAAUUUUUUAACACGCGAAUUAAAUGACUAUAUGGUUAUUCAUCUCAGUGCAAGAAGAAAGGCAGAAAAAUUCGAUGAAAAUGGACGAAGAAUAAAUGAAUCGAACUUAAUCAUUAUUCCAUGCUUUCUCAGCACAAAUUGUUAAGAUUAAUAGUAAUAAUAAUUGAAAUGGAAGAGAAGUCAGUAUUAAAUUUACAAUUUGUUGGGAGGAUAGUAGGUGAUAAAAUCAGGUAAAUGAAAAGGUACAAUGCAGAAUCCAAUUAUCUGUAUGUUAGUGUUAAGGAAAUAAACAAUCAAUAUCUCAUCGAUUAUCAGUACACAUGAGUAAGUAAUACUGACACAGAUAAAAAAUUAUUCAAAAACACGUAGGUAGUAGGUACCAUUUGGACAAGUACAGGAGAAAGCAUUCCAUAGGAAAGAUUAAAUAAGCAGUAGAGACGAAAAGUAUCAACUUCCACCUCUCUGUCUCCCUUUAAUAAAGAUAAUUAUUCUGAUGAAAAGAAUUAAUUGUAGUGAAGAUUUAAACCAGAACAUACUAGAGGGAUUCAAUAUACACUGGAAUAAUCAAUACAAAUUAUUAAGUCGUCAGUAAUGAUAGAUUGACAGUUGAUUGAUGUUUUUAUCGAUGAUGUAAUACUGCUAAGCGAUCCCCAUCAAUAUAAAUUGAGAAAAUCAUUUGAGCAGAUAUAUAAACAUCAGUGAUUUCUCAUUAAACUUUACAAUUUACAAAAAUAAAAAUAUUUAUUCAGCACAGCAUUCGAACCAUCAUGGUUAGUUGAAUAAUUAUAGGCACAUAUGAAUUAAAUGAUACAAUAUGGUGAUAACCAAUAUAUGAAAGUCAUGCAAGUGUCAUUCAGAUCUCGCUUGUUAAAAAUUUGUGUAAAAGAAUGAUAGAAUGAGCGAAUUAUUAAUAAUAUGAACAAGUGUGUGUGUAAAACACAACUGAUGGUAAUGAGAAUAAAACAGAAUAAUAAAAGUACAUGUUUCACACAGAAUUCUAUUCAGUACAAUCGAACUCAUAUAUUUUUAUUUUGUAAUUGUAAAACUCGAUGAGAAAUUACCGAAAUUUACAUAUUUACUUUAAAUGUUCUCAAAAUAAUCAUUUAGAGUAAAUGAAUCCGAACAGAAA